AAUGGCUCAGUAACAUUGCACUCACAAACAGGAAGACUUCUUUGUUGUUUCCCUCCUUUUCCCUCCUCCUCUCCAUCUCCAGAUCUUGAAAACAAGGUGUUCAUCUUCCCAGAAUCGUCCAACGUCAGCCACGUGGUUCUGAAGCCAUCGCCACAACGUCCGUUGACCGGCUUCACCAUCUGCCUGCGAUCCUACACAGACAUGACCCGGGCGCACACCCUUUUCUCUUACGCCACCAAGACCAACGACAACGAGAUUGUGCUCUUCAAGUCCAAACCCAACGAAUACAGCCUCUACGUGGGAACCUCAGAUGUACUGUUCAUCCUUCCCGAAAACCUGGUUUCGAAACCUAGAUGGGAGCAUAUCUGCAUGAGUUGGGAGUCGGACACCGGGUUGGUAGAGUUCUGGUUGGAUGGGGAAGCUUUGCCCCGAAACGGCAUGAUGAAAGGGCACAAUAUCAGCCCCGAGGCAUCCAUUGUCCUUGGGCAAGAUCAGGAUUCCUUUGGAAGCGGGUUUGAUAUCAACCAAUCCUUUGUAGGGGAGCUGAGGGAUGUCUACAUGUGGGACCGGGUGCUGUCGGAUCAUGAAAUGUGCCUUGUCUGGGGAAAUUAUGUUCCUGCCAGACCUGUCAUUAACUGGAGGGCACUAAAUUAUGUGAUCAAGGAUUAUGUUGUCCUUAAACCUUCCCUGUCUUCUGUCUGCAGAGAUGGGUAGGCUUUGCAAACGAAUGGUCUAAACCAGGAAUGAGAACAUAUAGGCUUCCAGAUGUUGGUGCACUGUACACACAUUAUUGUUCUGGUAAUGACCAUAGGCGGAUCAACCAGUUGGUGAUGGGUGACAGGAGUUGCAGUCCAACAACAUCUGCAGGGCCACAUAUUCCCCUUCUCUGGUCUAAACCUGGAAUAAGCAACCCGGUGUCCCUCGGAGGUUUUGGACUUCAAGGCGUCUUAGCCUCCAUCAAUGGUCAAUGAUGUCAAAGAUA